GAAAAAGCAUGCCGAAGUAGCAGAAGCGACCUACAAUUCAUUUUUAUCACGUGGAUGUUCGUAUGCACAAAUAUGCAAUGCAUUAAUUUAACUUUUAAUCGCAGUCAUGUCAUGAAACAAAGCUGCAUUUGAAGUAAACAGCUUGUCAGCUCACAAACGAGGGUUGAACAUUGACCCGUCAUGAGUUGACUUCAUAGGAUGCGGAAAGCCCUACAGAUGUGGUGAUGCUGCAUGCGACGUUCAAAGUGGUCCGCUGUCCCUUGCACAGGUCUGUCAUCUUCAAUAAAAGGAUAUGGCCCCGCUCCUUCUGCUCCACAGAGACCCAAUCAGUUCAGGGGGAUGACACCGCAGAGACCCGUCUGAACCCCCUUAACAUCCAGAUGCUGUCAAGAAAUCUCCACGAGCAGAUCUUUCGGGGGUUAGAGCCCUUAUAUAGAGAAGAACAUGUGGAACGUGGUGUGAGGCACUUGCAGAAGCAUCAGCUCUGGGGGAAAGAAACAUCGCUGUUGCAAGAAGUUGAGCUGAAGCUUCCUAAAAUGUACGGGGACAAUAUUGACGAGCACUUCCGGGUUUUGGCUCAAAAGCAGAGUCUUCCCUACCUGGAAGCUGCGGCCGAGCUGCAACAAGCAGAACUUCCUCCCAUGCCUCAGGAGUGGACAUGGCAAGUUGGCUGGACCCGCUACGAGGCCAAUGGGGAGAGUCGCAGGGUUGACUUUCCGGAUGAGACGGCACUCGUGUUCGAUGUGGAGGUGUGCAUGGCAGAGGGACAGUGUCCGACAUUGGCAGUGGCUUUGUCUCCAUCACAUUGGUACUCUUGGUGUAGCAAACGUCUGAUCGAAGAGCGCUACUCCUGGUCAAACCAUCUCAUCCUGGCUGACCUCAUCCCACUGGAGACACCAUUGAACUCGGUUCGCCCACCGGGAGGACAGUGGAAGGAACGGCUCAUUGUGGGCCAUAAUGGGUCGAAAGUGCGCUUCAUGGACACAAUGAGUCUUCACAUGGCUAUCUCGGGCCUGACUGGCUUCCAACGUACACUAUGGAUGGCGAAUAAACUGGGGAAGAAGGUGGGCCUUCAGGAAGUCAGCCAGCACAUGAAAAAAGUGAGACAGAAAAGAGAUGGUCCAAAGAUUGGCUUUUGGGAUUGGGCGAAUAUAAGCAGUCUCAACAAUUUAGCUGAUGUCCAUGCCCUAUAUGUGGGAGGGCCACCACUGCAGAAAGAGAUUAGAGAGACCUUUGUAAAGGGCACCAUGAUGGAUGUCAGGAACCACUUCCAGGAGUUAAUGCGCUACUGCGCCUCAGAUGUUCUGGCCACCCAUCAAAUAUUCUUAGAACAGCUACCUCUCUUCAUGGAAAGAUGUCCCCAUCCAGUCACAUUUGCGGGAAUGCUGGAGAUGGGUGUAAGCUACCUUCCCGUCAAUCAGAAUUGGGGGCGAUACCUGGAGGAUUCCCAGGACAUUUAUGAAGAGCUCCAGAGGGAGAUGAAGAAAUCUCUCAUGACUUUAGCUGAUGAUGCAUGCCAGCUUCUAGAGAAUGAGAGAUUCAAAGAGGAUCCUUGGCUUUGGGAUCUUGAAUGGGACGUGCAGGACUUCAAGCUGAAAAAAAUGCCAGCCAGAAAAAAGAAGCAGCCAGAAAAAGCAGUUGUUUCCCAAACUAUUGCUCCUUCAGAAGACUGGAUGGAAGAUGCAGGUCCACCAUCUGAAGAAGACACUGCAGCGGUUCCUUUUCCCGGCAGGCUGGCUAUGGAUAAACUGAAAGAAACAGUGAAUCUACUUCCGAAAAGAAAGCAACAUCUGCCUGGACACCCUGGGUGGUAUCGUAAGCUAUGUGAGAAGAUGUCAGCAGACUGCUGGUCACCUGGAGCAAGUCUUAUAAGUCUUCAGAUGAGAUUGACUCCGAAACUAAUGGGUCUGACGUGGGAUGGAUUUCCUCUGCAUUACACAGAGAAACAUGGCUGGGGGUAUCUAGUUCCAGGACGCAAGGAUAACCUGGACUCCGAGGGGCGGAACAGUGGGUCAGCUAUUUGUCCUCACAGAGAGAUAGAGCGCAUUUACAGAGAUUACUGUGGGCAGAACAGCAAGGAUGGGCCUGACUGUUCACCAUCUGAUGACCUUAUGUGGACAGACAGCGAUGUUUGGGUGAAGGUGGAGGAGUAUGGCUCACUGGAGCGACUAACAGAAGAACAUGGAGACAAAGCAGAAAAAAAUGGGAAGCAACAUAUUUCCCGCAAAUCCCAACCCGUCCCAGAGGACAGUCACUGCCACUAUCACCAAGGAAUUGGUCCUUACAACGAUAUAAACAUACCGGGGUGUUGGUUUUUCAAAUUACCACAUAAGGAUGGUAAUCAAAAUAACGUUGGAAGUCCCUUUUCAAAAGACUUCUUAUCAAAGAUGGAGGAUGGUACUCUCAGAGCUGGAAGGGGUGGGACCAAUGCUACGCGUGCUUUAGAGAUUAAUAAAAUGAUGUCCUUCUGGAGGAACGCUCAGAAACGCAUAAGCUCUCAGAUGGUGCUUUGGCUGCGGAAAGGAGAGCUUCCUCGUUUCGUAAGCAGGCACCAGGGGUUUGAUGAUGAGGGGCAGUACGGCGCUAUAUUACCACAGGUUGUCACAGCUGGAACUGUCACGCGAAGGGCUGUGGAGCCAACAUGGCUUACUGCCAGUAAUGCACGUAGGGACAGAGUGGGCAGUGAGCUGAAGGCGAUGGUUCAAGCACCACCAGGUUAUCACCUUGUUGGAGCCGAUGUGGACUCUCAAGAGCUGUGGAUUGCAGCUGUGCUCGGAGAGGCUCACUUUGCUGGCAUGCAUGGUUGUACAGCAUUCGGCUGGAUGACGCUUCAAGGAAAGAAGAGCCAGGGGACCGACCUACACAGCCGUACAGCCGAUGCCGUGGGCAUCAGCAGGGAGCAUGCCAAAGUGUUUAACUACGGCCGCAUCUACGGCGCAGGACAACCCUUUGCAGAAAGGCUGCUGAUGCAGUUCAAUCAUCGCCUAAGUCAGACAGACGCUGCCAGUAAGGCCAGACAGAUGUAUGCUUUGACGAAGGGGCUACGCAGAUACAAACUGUCAGACGAAGGUGAAUGGUUAGUCACUGAGCUGGGAAUAGAAGUAGAGAGGGAGGAAGAUGGAAGUGUAUCGCUCCAGGAGUUACGGAAGAUCAGUAGACUGGCCUCACAGAGCUCACGACGGAGGAAAUGGGAUUUGGUUGGCAAACGAAUGUGGUUUGGAGGGACUGAGUCGGACAUGUUCAACAAACUGGAGAGCAUCGCACAUUCACCUCAGCCAGCUACACCUGUACUGGGCUGUAGGAUUAGCAGAGCUCUGGAGCCCAAGGUUGUAAAAGAUGAGUUCAUCACCAGCAGAGUGAACUGGGUGGUCCAGAGCUCUGCAGUGGAUUACCUUCAUCUAAUGCUCGUGGCAAUGAGGUGGCUCUUUGAGGAACACGACAUCGACGGCCGCUUCUGCAUCAGCAUCCAUGACGAGGUACGAUACCUUGUGCGCAGCGAGGACCGAUAUCGGGCAGCGCUGGCAUUGCAGGUCACCAACCUUCUUACAAGGAGUAUGUUUGCGCAUGCAUUAGGCAUGCAGGAUCUUCCGCAGUCGGUCGCUUUCUUCAGUGCAGUUGACAUUGACACCUGUCUGAGAAAAGAGGUCACCAUGGACUGCGUGACCCCCUCCAACCCCACGGGUGUGGAACGAAAAUAUGGCCUUCCUCCUGGUGAAGCCUUGGACAUCUACCAAAUAGUUGAUAUCACAAGAGGCUCCCUUAAUAAAGGAAAAUAGAACAUUGACCAGGCAAGAAGUGCCCAGAAGCUCAACAACAUGCAAAAUGGACCUGUGUAACCUGUAGGAGCAGCUUAUCGUUUUCGCUUCUUUUGUUUGGGUUCUUGAGUCUCUUCUACAGCUUGUGACUCAGCCUAAAUGAACAGAAACAGACAUUCAAAGUGACCCGGAACAGAUUGAUCCCAAAUGUGUGAAGAUGACGAGACACACACCUCCACAGUGUUGUCCUGUUCCUGCAGAGCUGCAUCCAAAGUAGCAGCAUUGAUGCGGAAAUCUCUUGAUGUGCUCAGUUUCAUGUAUUGCAUCAGAUUUACCUUCACAAUGAAGAUAUGGUAAAUGUUGAUGCUUUAAAAAUACAUUGUUUUUUCCUGCACUCACAUACCUUUGAUUUCUUAGAGAGGGUUAUGAGAUAUUUCUCAUACUGUUCAAUGCUGAAGAUCAAGUUUGGAAUUGCCUUUGUUUGACGCAGAAGUUUAGCCUGUCCAGAAAGUGAAAAAUAUGCAUGAAAAGUACCAAGUCACUUCACACUUACUUUUGAAAAAUAUACUUUGUACAGUUUAUUAAGAUUAUUUCUGUUAAUUAAAAGCAAAUGUGUUAUCAAAUGCAUCAUGAUAUUGAGUAGAUGAAGCAUAUUAAUAGAUGACUUUUCAAUUGUGUGCUGAAUUUGUUAAUUCUGACUCGGCUACGUAUUUUCAUGUCACCUAUGGAACGUUGAACUAAUUGCCCCAGACGCAAUCUAUAGUAAGGGCGUUUUGACACAUCGAUCAGGAUCAAUAUUUCGAUUGGAACGCAAAACAUCGAUCAACCUCAAAAAUUAUAUGCCAAUUUGUUCAAAAGUUUGAAUUCAAAUUUCUAAAAUAGUAACAAAAUUGCUAUUUUUAUUGCUUUAAGUAAUACUUUUAAAUGAUAAGCAAAUUGGUGAAAUUAAUAUAUUAUUGUUCCUGCCGAUCAAAUACAUUCCACGCAUCUUUAUAAGAGAAAAAAGAAGAAAAGGUGGGUGUUUACAGUGGCAGCUGUGUUAACUUCAUUCUUUUUCUUCUUGGGUGCGCCACUUGACUCACCACCCUGCAGAAGAAUGAAUGUGACAUUUACAAACUAGAUGAACUAUUAAACUGUGCAUGGACUGAACCUGUACUUGUACCUGAACAUAUGUGAUGAAAUGGUAGCAUUGUGGAGUAAGAUGGGAGCCGGAUAGUUUGACCUAUAGUUGGCGCAUACAAAAAUAAACUUUAAACAUUAUUUAACGCACAAAACUCAUACUAAGACUUACCAGCUUCUCAAAGCGUGAAGGUAAUACACCAAUCUGACUGGCACAAACUUGAAUGUACUGAAAAUGCAAACAAAAUGAAUUUUUCAAAUGGAGUCAAGUACAUUUAAAAUUAAACUACCAAAUGGUUAACUUUCCCUUGGAAUGAACAUUUCAAUGCCUCAAUUACAGCUAAUAAGAAUGAGACUGAUACACACAUAUUUAACUAGGGUGGUGAGGAUGGAGUACGUGCGACUCAGCACUCUUAGCAAUGUGAUGGUGCUUGUUCCGAGCAGCAGUGCGGUCUGGACCAACUCAUUGAGUGCAGUCACGAGGGUUCCAAGCUGGAGUGUAACUGCUUUCUCAAUCGGAUCCUGCUGGCCUGCGGGCUGUGUAGUCUCUUCUAUGUUGCGGCAAUAUAACAAAGCCCCAAUAAGUACUGUAUUUUUCAGACUAUAAAUCGCAUCUGAGUAUAAGCCGCACCAGCCCAAAAAUGCGCAAUGAAAAGGAAAAAAACAUAAGUCGCACCCGAGUAUAAGUCGCAAUUUUUUGGGGGAAAAUUUAUUUGAUAGAAUCCAGCACCAAGAACAGACAUGUCAUCUUGAAAGGCAAUUUAAAAAUAAAAAUACAAUAGAGAACACAUGCUGAAUAAAUGUACAGUAUGCUAACAUUACAUGACGCUAGAAUUUAGAUCGGGCCUAAAAAAAAUCCAGCCCGACCCGGCCCGCCGAUCAAUUAACUUGA